AUGAAAGAAGUGAUUUUGAUGAUGUAUGAGGAUAAAUCAUGGGAUUUUGAAGUACAUUAUUGGGACCUUUGGGAAUGGGCUGCUGACCUUCUUCGAGACCCAUGUCUUUUCCUGCAUUUAACAUUUGAUGCACAGCACCUAUCAAAAUUUGAUGGUGAAAAUUUUGUAUGGUUCAUAGAUGAGCCUUACACUGCAGAUGCAUUCUGGGACCUUCAAUUGCAAUUGCCUGAAGGAGCUAAGCCACUGACAUUCAUACUGUAUGCUGAUAAGACCAAGUUGUCAACUUCUGGUACUGCAAAAGCCUAUCCCAUUGUUGCUCGGUUAGCAAACUUGCCUACAGACAUAUGCAAUGGAGAGGGCAUAGGUGGUGGUUAUGUUGUCAGCUGGCUACCGGUUAAGUACCUGAAUGACCUUGGGAGAGACGUUGUUUCUCAUAUUGACAAGAGAUUUAAAGAAUUUCCAUGCUGGCACAAUCAGAAGCACCCCAAUCAGGUCAUGGACAUUGUGUUUACUGACAGUUCCAUACCUGAGAACAUUUUGAAGAUGAUACUAUAUGCAGCACAUGAUGUCGUGACAGAGGAGGACUGUAUGCUUGGUUACCUGCUUCUUCAGUGUAUAUGUCUGUAUAUUGAAGUUGACAUGUAUGCAUCAUUGGAGGUUCACACAUCAGAUACAAUUUGUGAAGGGAGAAACGUAGUUCAAAUGUUUUCUGGGUUCUUAAAGCAAUAUAUUGACAAAACAGUGGAUAUUGAGGAUAAGGGUUGGAACUUCCUGAAACUCCAUAUGGAUGUGCAUUUGUUUGAUGACAUUGAAGUGAAAGGAGCCACAUGGAACUAUAACAUGAAGCCAAACAAGAAGAUGCAUGGACCAUUGAAGGAUUCAUAUUUGCUGUGGACAAACUUCCAAAAUGUUGCUGAGCAGAUCCUGCACAUAAAUCAUUGGCAACUCAUCACGGAAGAUAUUCAUUGUCAUCUAUUAGACUUCAAUGAAUAUCUUCACUUACAAACACAAGAUCAGUUUGAUGCUGCAGAUGAUGCAGUGAUUCCACUGGCAGGUUUUUUCCAUGUGAAAGUUGGGUCAAAACAACCCCCACUGACUUUUGAGUUGGUCGAGAACAUUUACCAUAGUGACAAUGCAUUUUCAAACUUGUGCAUCAGACUCAAUGAUUUUUUGAAUGACUUCCUACCUGCCAUCAAUAUACCUCUACCGCAAGGGAAAUGGAUUCGCCUCUGA